GUUCAGAAGUGUAAAGUGACGUAAAGUACGUGCGGCUUCGCAUUUUUGUCUGUCUGGGGGACAAUAUAUAAAAGCGGACUUUAAGUUUUUUUUUUUUCUUUUUAAAUAUUUUUAAGUUUUCGAAUACGGCUCCUGGUGGAGCGUUAUGUUAUUCGCGGUUCUUCAGCUACAUCAUCAUCAUGCAGCUCACGUGGGGUUUCUUUUCCGAAAGAGCGACUGACACGUGUGUGAUCGUGGGUUUGGCGGACCGUUGCGGGGACUGAGGAUCCGCCGCCGCCGCCGCCGCUGCUGCUCUCUUCGGGAGCCGCGCUCGGCUGGACGAGGACAGGAGAGGAGAGGAGAGGAGAGGAGAGGGUGGCGCGGUGGCGGGACGGGAGCGGCGGCUCCUCUGCCUCCCAGACAACAUGGACGCCCCAGUGAAGGCGCACUGUAACGCGUGGCACGCGCGGCCACGCGUGUUCGGCGGAGGCGGAGCGACUCAGCGAGCUGCCGUUUCGUCAGCUGUGACGAGGGGGACGCGGUUGUGAGCAUCCCCGUCUGCUGAGAAAGAAAAAGAAAACGGGGAUGCGGUGAGCGAGCGACGCCAGUGACAGAAAAGGACGAAAAAGUAGCAAAGAUGGAGCGGGCCAAAGCGGUGGCGCGGAGGAAACGAGUACUUUUUCCCUCCCAAGUAGGAGACGCGUAGCAGCAUGAUCACGUAGCGCUUUUCUUCCUUCUUGUACAGAGUGGAAAGGCUGCGGCGAGCGAGGGGGAGAAGAAGAGAGGAAAAAAAAAAAGUUGGGAGAGUUUGAGGCGAAGUAUGGCGCGGGAGGGCGCGCGCGGCUCCCGAGCGAGGAAGAAGGGCAAGAAAGAGAGCAAGACGCGCGUCGUGCACUCCAACGUGCUGCACGAGCGCGCGAAAGGCGAGGAAAACCCGAACAGGCACUACGCGGACAACAAGAUUAAGACGACCAAGUACACGCUGCUGUCGUUCCUGCCGAAAAACCUCUUCGAGCAGUUCCACCGCUUCGCCAACGUGUACUUCGUGUUCAUCGCGCUGCUCAACUUCGUGCCCGCGCUGAGCGCGUUCCAGCCCGAGCUGUCGCUCGCGCCCGUGCUCUUCAUCCUGUCCGUGACCGCCAUCAAGGACCUGUGGGAGGACUACCGCCGACACCGCUCCGACAAGGAGAUCAACCACAUGGACUGCCUCGUUUAUUCCAGGGCCCAGAGAGGGUAUGUAGAGAAAUACUGGAAGGAAGUCCGUGUGGGAGAUUUCAUUCGCCUGCGGUGCAACGAGAUUUUGCCGGCUGACGUGCUGCUCCUGAGCUCCAGCGACCCAGACCACCUGUGUCACAUUGAGACAGCCACUCUGGAUGGUGAGACCAACCUGAAACAGAGGCAAGUGGUGCGGAGCUUUAUUGACCUGGAUUGUGAAUUUGACCCACUGAAGUACAGCAGCAUCAUCGAGUGUGAAAAGCCUAACAAUGAUUUGAACAGGUUUCGUGGUUAUAUAAUUCACCGGAGUGGCAGGAGAGAUGGGCUGUACAAGGAGAACUUGCUGCUCAGAGGGUGUACAAUCAGGAACACUGAGGAGGCUGUGGGAAUUGUCAUCUACGCAGGUCACGAGACUAAAGCCAUGCUGAACAACAACGGGCCGCGGUACAAGCGCAGCAAGCUGGAGCGGCAAAUGAAUGUAGAUGUGUUCUGGUGUGUCGUCAUCCUCCUGGUAAUGUGCCUGUUCUCUGCCAUCGGCCACGGACUGUGGCUGUUUCAGUAUGGAGAUAAGAGGCCCAUUUUCGAUGUCCUAAGCCCAGAAGGAACAGACUUAUCUCCUGCUCUGUCAGCCAUUUAUCUCUUCCUCACCAUGGUUAUUGUGUUCCAGGUUUUGAUUCCAAUCUCCCUCUUCGUUUCCAUCGAGAUUGUGAAGAUCUGCCAAGUGUACAUCAUCCACCAAGACGUGGACCUGUAUGAUGAGGAGACAGAUUCACACCUGCAGUGCCGUGCUCUGAACAUUACUGAGGACUUGGGCCAGAUGCAGUACAUCUUCUCUGACAAGACUGGCACGCUGACCGAGAACAAAAUGGUGUUCCGUCGCUGUACAGUAGCAGGGGUGGAGUACUCCCAUGAUGCCAAUGCGAGGAGGUUAGCCAUGUACCAGGAGCUGGAUUCUGAGGAGGAGGAAUGUACGUCGCAUGGGGGCACUCUGCCUCGUCGGGACAGUGGAGCCAGCCACCAGAGCGGUCGGGUGGUGCUGCGUUCACACAGCACAAAGUCGCAUCGGCGCACUGGCAGCCGUGCCGAGGCCAAGCGGGCUAGCAUCCUGUCGAAGCACACUGCUUUCAGCAGCCCUAUGGAGAAGGACAUCACGCCUGACCCACAGCUCCUAGACAAAGUGAACGAGUGCAGUAGCCAGUUGGAGUACAUGCGAUACCACCGGCAGCCCCUCAGCCAGCUGCCCUCUGAGCUGUCAGAUGUCCUCGACUUUUUCAUUGCACUCACAAUCUGCAAUACCGUGGUGGUGUCCUCUCCGAACCAGCCAAGGCAGAAGGUGCGGAUGAGGUUUGAGCUGAAGUCUCCUGUGAAGACCAUCGAGGACUUCAUCAAGCGCUUCACUCCCAGCCGACUCACGUCGGGUUCCAACAGCAGUAGCUCGUCUAGCUUGGCCACCAGCCGCUCUGUCCCGCGGGCCAGCUCAAGUCUGCUCCCCUCACCUUCUGCCGAUGGCACACUUGUGCGGUUACAGGAAGAACACACCGCUGAUGCCCCUGAGGGCAUCCUAAGACCCUCAGUGCUGGACACGGGUGGUGCUACUGGGCCACCAGAGGAGGGAGAGCUACGCUAUGAAGCAGAGUCACCAGACGAGGCAGCUCUAGUAUAUGCAGCGCGUGCCUACAAGUGUGCCCUGGCGGGCCGGCUGCCGGACCAGGUGACAGUGGAGCUGCCCCACCUGGGCAAACUAGCCUUUGAGUUGCUGCACACUCUGGGUUUUGACUCGACACGGAAGCGCAUGUCAGUGGUGGUGCGACACCCACUCACCGACCAAAUCACCGUCUACACCAAAGGGGCUGAUUCAGUCAUCAUGGAUCUCAUCGGGCCACCUGCUGCAGAUGAUACCAAAGGUAAAAGGCAAAGAAAAAUACUGUACAAAACCCAGAAUUAUCUGAACCAGUAUGCUGCUGAUGGACUCAGGACUCUUUGCAUUGCCAAAAAGGUUCUGAGCAAAGAGGACUAUGAAAUCUGGCUCAAAAGCCACUUGGCAGCAGAAACUGCAAUUCACGGUCGGGAGGAGCUGCUGUUUGAGUCUGCCCUCCGCUUAGAAACCAACCUUCAUCUCUUAGGGGCCACUGGCAUUGAGGACCGACUACAGGACGGUGUGCCCGAGACCAUCGCCUCCCUGCGCAAGGCCGGCCUUCAGAUCUGGGUCCUGACGGGCGACAAACAGGAGACUGCCAUCAACAUCGCCUAUGCCUGCAAGCUGCUGGAUCCUGAGGAAGAAAUCAUCACUCUGAAUGCAGACUCUCAGGAGGCCUGCGCAGUGCUGCUGGAGGAGAGCUUACACUACAUACAGUCCAAAUUCCUGUGCAACACCCCUGAACCCUCCAACCGGGCCUUCGAAGAUGACUUUACAGCCUUCCAUGCCCCAGGGCUGCCUUCCCCUGCUUCGACACCCUUCCUCAUUCACCAGUUGGGCUUGGUGAUUGAUGGAAAGACGCUUGCCUACGCCCUAGAGAAGAGCCUGGAGGACAGGUUCCUGGCUGUGGCCCGUAGUUGCCGCUCGGUGCUCUGCUGUCGCUCCACGCCGCUGCAGAAGAGCAUGGUGGUGAAGCUGGUGCGCAACAAGCUCAAGGUCAUGACCCUGGCCAUAGGUGACGGUGCCAAUGAUGUCAGUAUGAUCCAGGUGGCUGACGUGGGUGUUGGGAUCUCGGGACAAGAGGGUAUGCAGGCGGUGAUGGCCAGUGACUUCGCCCUCCCACGGUUUCAGUAUCUCCAAAAGCUCCUCCUGGUUCACGGCCACUGGUGUUACUCCCGUUUGGCCAACAUGAUCCUCUACUUCUUCUACAAGAAUGCUAUGAUUGUAGCCCUCAUCUUUUGGUAUCAGUUCUACUGUGGCUUCUCUGGCUCAGUGAUGAUUGACCAAUGGUUCCUCAUAUUCUUCAACCUGAUGUUCUCGGCCUUCCCUCAACUCAUCACGGGCACCCUUGACAAGGAUGUGUCUGCAGAGACUCUCCAAGACCUACCUCAGCUAUACAUGAAUGGACAGAACUCAGAGGAAUACAAGCCAUAUAUGUUCUGGAUGAACAUGAUAGAUGCCUUCUUCCAAAGUCUUGUCUGCUUCUUCAUCCCUUACUUUGCAUAUGCAGACUCUGACGUCGACUUGUUUACAUGGGGUACCCCCAUCACCAGCCUAGCCCUCUUCACCAUCCUGCUGCACCUGGGCAUUGAGACCAAAACUUGGACUUGGCUUAACUGGGCCUCCAUAGCCUUUAGCAUCGGUCUGUUCUUCAGUGUGGCGCUCUGCUACCACUCCUCCUGCCCCACCUGCUUCUCACCCUCCAACCCAUACUGGACUAUGCAGAGGCUGCUGGGAGACCCACUCUUCUACCUGAUCUGUGUCAUCACCCCGGUGUCUGCCCUCUUACCCAGAUACUUCUAUCGGGCGUGCCAGGGGUCCCUCUUCCCCAGCGCGGUGCAAGUGGGUCGGCAGCUAGACAAGUCCCCCCCCGAGGCCCGCAGGAGCAUCCUCAGCCAAAGCAAAGCCAGCUUGGGUGGCCCGUUUAGUGUCCGGCCAGCACACUACCCCUUCCCAGGCGUGUUCUACAAUCACAGUGCAGAAGGACACGUGUCCUGCAGAAGGAAAGACAGCGUCAAGUGCUCGACUCAGAAUGUGACUGAGAAAGGGGCAGGUGGCAACAGAAGCCCCGGCAGAGACAUUUUGGACACUAAACAGGGGAGCUCCAGCCAGCGUGGCCCCACACCUUCUGAAGCAGGCACAUUGCCGUAUUCGAACCCUGACUCUUCCGCACCCUCCGGCCCGGAGGACCACCUUCACACAGACCCACUGUUGGACCCAUCUAACUGGGCUGAGCCUGCUGUUCCAUUUGCCCAGCCAGAGUGUGUUCCACUGACAGAUUCACCCCCUGCCAGCACUCUUCUGAGGCCUACAGGAGUAGAGAGGGGCGGCCCCCAGUCCUGUGUCCCACAAAGGCUGGGCUUAAAGGAAGGAGGGACUCCGAGACAUAACCAGGUCCACAAUGAGGACACUUCAAAGGAGAGCUCAUACCAAACAACAUUGUUAUGAUGUUUAUAAUGUGUUACUCAAAAUUUGCACAAUAGUUCUUUAAAGUUCUAUUAUAUAUAUUCA